CGAGAGUCCUUUUUAUCAACAUCGGCACGCACUCGUGCUUCGCAAGGAUGCCGCCUCUUGUGGGUGCCAGAUUCCUGCCCAUACAAACUACUCUCUGGUGGGUCUGUGAGUUCGCGACGCUGCGGGUCUAUCCAGUUGGUAUGCGCUGGUGGUGACGAGGGCGGGCAGGGGGGUAAAAUCCCUUCAGUGCACGAGGGCUUGCCUGAUUUGGAGGGCUGGCAUUUGUUGGCAGCGCCUGUCCGUUUGUCGUGAUUUGCUGCAGCGCUUGGAUAUCAGUCUGGAGACUCCACUUUAAGUGUUUAGCUUGUUCGUGGGAGAGUUAUGAGUUGGUGGUGUCGAAAGCAGCUGCGAGCUUCUCCUUGCAUGGAGCUGGCGAGAUUUUGUCCUCAGAAGUUCAGAGAGAGUUGUAAGUGUGGGAGGAGGAGUACCGCACCGGGUUUCAGAGCCAUUGUCGAAGGUGUGUCUAGUAUCGGCAGCUUGUGAGGCACUCAUGAUUGUCUAAUUGGGAGGUUCUGAUACUGCUUGUGUUCGUAAUCACGAUCUCUGGCAUGUAGUUGACGUUCGCGGAGGGCGAAGAGUAGUCUGGGCUUGGGACUUGAAUCACGGCGGGUCUUCACCCUUACUUAAUUUUCCCCGCAUUGUGGUGCAUCUGGUUGAAGGACAUCAGAGGCCCCGCUCACCUGAAACUUGCUUGCUCCCUGUAGCGAGCGGUGAGCUAGUCCCGACCGCAUGAUGGGCUAGUGAUUGUCACAAUCUGGAUGCCCUCUGCAUGACAUGGGGCCUCAUGGUACCGAAAUAGGUUUUCCAUCGAAGUCUCCGCAAGGCAAGAAAGUAAAGAAACGAAACCACCACUUUAGUUUGAAAGAGAGUACAAAGCUUCAUUCUGUACCGCUCGAGAAGCAUCCUAAGGCCGAGGUUGACAACCAGGAGGCGAGGAAGGCGGCUGCCUGGGCUGUGUUUCAACAUCAUGGUGGAGGAGGGAUUAACCAGUGCCCCGCACAUGGGAGUGCUGUUCGAAGGCCCUCGCGAUUCAAGAUUGAGGCACAGAUGAAGAACGAACUUGCACAUCGGUCAGUGGCGCAGUCUGUGGCUGCGAACUGGGAUGCUGGAAGCACUCUUUUCGAUUCAUUCGAGCUUGACUCCCUGCUGAGGACGCUGGACCAGGCUGCGAAUCCAGCAGGGUUGUCGCAGCAGCGCCGUGCAGAUGACGGUCCAAACGAAUCUGGUGCUCUGGUAGUUUAUUCGCAGAAGUCUUGGCUAUCACAUCCGCAGCUCCAGCCUCAUCGCCAAGAGAUCGUACAUGCGCAACGAAGCUUGCCCAGUGUGAGAGACGUUGACGCUGUCGGUCGCCUGGAUACUGUGGACGAAAAGCGUCCUCUGAAACCGUCGAAAUCAUUGUUGCCGGGACCAAACGUGGUGAGCUACAAACUUCCCGGUAGCGCCAAACCUGAUAAUUCGCGAAAGAGUGGCCAUGGUCAUGAUCAUACAGAGGAUGAUCCAUUCGCCUCAUUCGUUCACACGCCUAGUCCAUUCAAUGCGAGGCAAAGUGCUCGUCGAUCCUUUGACAGCUCGGGUCAGGUCAAACCUGCGAAAAGAGACCCUCAUGAUCAUCAUCGCAGCAAAUGGAAAAAUCUUUUGCACACUCUGCACCUCGACGGAGCGAACAAUCUGUUUAAUAGAUUUCAAGGAUUCCACGCCCAAGUUGCACCACACGAUUCGCACAAGAAGCUGGAUCAAAAAGCUGGUAAAAGCCGUGCGAAGCCCGAUCACAACGACGUCAGUCAUGGCCACAAGCACAACGACCACGACCACAGCCAUAAGCUUUUCGGUAAAGAACAGGACGAUCACCGCUUCCCUGCCAAGCAUCUGCUAGUCUCGAAGGAUGUCCAUCCCACUGCUCCAUCGGGUCACGAAGAGCAUCGCCGCAGCACUGAUCACUCUCAUUUCUGGAAAUUCGGACUCAAAUCGGUUCUUUCAAAACCAUUCAGUCGUCAAGCUAGCAUGUCGAGUGAGCACGAGGAGACUGCCACGGAGGAAGCGCGCAAGAGCGACGUGGAUCGGACACUGAAGUACAAGCACCAUCAACACAAUCAUCAGGAUGGACACGAGCAUGGCCACCGCCGACACGGAAAGGGUAAGAAUCACAGCGGCGAGCUGUCUGGGGCAUUGCCUGAGCCUGCAACACGGCAUCGCCACCACCACCAUGUUCUCCCCGAGGACGAAGACUACGAACUAACGCUUCCAGCUAUAACUAGGCGAGCUUCUAGGUCAUCCUUCGAUGAGCAAGGUCGUAGAUUUUCCAUGGAAGAUGGCGGUUUGAAAGCUCCUCGCAACUCUCUGGACCCAUCCAACACUUACGAAGAGCAGCGGAGUCGAACCCAACUGACACCUUGGGAAGCAGAGUCGGGCUUGAGGAGAGGCUCAUAUGUACAGUGACACACCUCUAGAAAGAGCUUUCUAUAUAUUAUUUACAUAAGCGGGCCGCAAUGUCUUCGGACCGAGCGCAGAAAAUGUAUGAUACGGGAAUUGACUUGCAAUUUUAGAGAAAAUUGAUUGUUUGUUCUGAAACUA